AAUUUUGGAAUAAUUUUCUAGAGCUCAAAAGAGGGUUAGAUACAAAAUAAAUAAAAUGCCCAAAUCCAAAACCCAUCAUAAUCUGCAGAACCCGAUCCAUCCCGAAUCCUACUGGCGCUCGCCAAAACGGCUCACCUUCCACAGUUCUUCUCUGGAUUCUCGCAAUUAAGCAGUGCUUGUCGGUCUCAUCUUCUCCCAACCUCCUCUUCAAUUAUUCUCAGUAGCACUCGGAGUAACUUUUCCUUCUUCUUUCUCUACUCUCAGCACUCAGAUUGGAAAAGCACAUUUUGAGAGCUGAAGUUGAGGCAUUCUGAAAGAGACAGAAAGACGAUAGACAUUGUAGGGCAAUAAAGAAGAAGAUGGCAGAGGAUGAUGAGAGGCAGGAGGAGCAGAAAGGGAUCAGUAUGUCUCAGAUAGGGACUGCACUUCUCACUCGCAUGCAACAUUUCAAAGAGAACGCGGAAGCCUUCACAAUGGUAAGAGUUCGUCGGUUAAUUGAGCAAGAUUUGGGUGUUGAGAAGAAUUCCUUAGAUGUGCAUAAAAAAUUCAUCAAGCAAUUUUUGGAGGAGCAUUUGGAGCAUGCCAAUGAAAAGGACAGUACAAAGAAAGUUGAAACAGAAAAAUCACCUGAAGAGGACAAGACAAUGAAACAUGAAGCUGAAAAGUUACCUGAAGAGGAUGAUACAAAGAAAAAUGCAACGAAAAAGUCUCAUCUUGAGGACAAGACAAUGAAAGAUGAAGUGGAAAGGUCACCUGAAGAGGACAAGACAAUGAAAGAUGGGGCGGAAAGGUCGCCUGAAGAGCAUAAAGCAAAAAAAGUUGUAAAAGGUUCUGGUGCUGAAGAUGAGAAAAAAUUGGAUGACUCUCCAAUAUUAGGUGUCAUGGAUUCCAAAUCCAGAUCGGUGGAUGCUCAAGAUGCUAAGACUAGUGAAAGCUCUUUAAGGAAAGCUAUUUUGGAAAGAGCUGCUCAUUUUCGGGCUAAUGCUGAGACAAUGACUCUUGCUAGUGUUCGUCGAUAUUUAGAGGAAGAAAUCGGUCUUGAAAAAAAUGCUCUUGAUCCUUUCAAGAAGUUCAUAAAGAAUGAACUUGACGAGGUAUUGAGUUCCUCUGAUGUUCCAACAACAAAUGAGAUCUUUGCUAAAAGAACAGCUGACUCCUCAAACAAUGAAAGUUUGAAGGUGCAGAAGGGAAUCAAAUCAGCUAAGAAAACUGUUCCAAAGGCAAAACUUGAUAAAUCUGAAGGCUCUAAGAAACGCAAAAGCCCUGAUAGAAAAAUUGAUGUUCCUACUAAGAAACAGAAGGUUAUGAAGAAGCCAUCUGGAAAUAAGGGAUCAGAAGAAAGGGAUAAGAGUGACUCUGAAGAUCAUCAGUCUCCAACAUCGACUGCUUCAAGAUCCGCAAAGAAGAAAGUUGUUUCAGCAGCUGGAUAUGGAGAACCUGUAGAAAAAUUGAAAUCAUUAAUCAAAGCUUGUGGAAUGGGCAUACCUCCUGUUGUUUACAAGAAAGCCAAGCAGGUUCCAGAAGAUGAGCGGCAGGAUUUCUUAGUAAAGGAGUUGGAAGAGAUACUCUCAAGAGAGGGACUGUCUACUAAUCCUUCAGAGAAAGAUAUUAAAGAAGUUAAAAAGAGAAAAGAAAGAGCUAGAGAACUAGAAGGAAUUGACAUGAGUAACAUUGUUUCAAGUUCACGAAGAAGGUCAACAACAACCAGUUUCCUGCCUCCCCCAAGACCCACAUCACCUAUUAAAGACAUCGAUGACAAGAGCGACGAUGAAGAUAGUGACAGUAACAAAGAUGAUUCUAGUGACACAGAGGAAGAAGCUGAUGGUUCUCAGAUCGAUGAUCUAAGUGAAGCUCAUGAUGUAGAAAGCGACUGAAUCUUUUGUAGAAGAUUUUUGACAAAGUACAAAGAACAUAGCCUGCAGAGAGAGAGAGAGAGUGCAGAUUCGGGUGCAAAUGUGUGACCAAAUUCUCCCUGCAUUAUAUACAUUUUUAUGUUCCAUUUAUUUAAGAAGCUGGAAAAUUUUGUAAUAUGUAUGUCCGUCCAAAAGGUCUGCUUUUUGCACUAUUCAAGUGUGUUUUACUGUUUUAGAAACGGGGUUCUAUUGAUGUUUUGAAAAUUUCCAUACUGAAAUUAUUCCCCACCAUUACCCCCAUUGAUUUUUAUUCACAUUUACCCUCUUUAUUCAAUC